CUACAUAGAAACAGUCUAUAUUGUUCGCUCGUCAAGUUCUGAACGCCGAUCUUUAAAUAACAAAUAAUUUUUGGUGUGCUUAUUAAUAAGUUUAAACAAAACUAUAGUUUUAUGCACUUGACAACUUAAAGCGAAAUACAAUUAAAUAGCAGUAUAAUUACAAUUAAAAAAAUUACACUGUGCUCAGAUUUGGUUCGGUUGUGAAAGAAAAUAAUAAAAUAGCGGAACUAAUAACUAGUUUCUGAAAAUAGAACCCUAGAACCGACCAAAAGAACGAAAACAAGACAUGGAAUCUCUUAACUUAAAUUGUUCAAAUGAGUCCUCGGGACCAUCAAGAAAAGGCAAAUCCAAAAAAUCAAAAGCGUAUGAAUAUGAUACCCAGAACAUAAACAUGAAAAAAAGUUUCACUAAAUUUGAUGAUCUUCAAAAACGUAAUCUUAUCCAUGUACGUUCACGAGAUUCUAAAAAAGCUCAAGAACUUUUUCGAACUACAGUAGAUGAACAACUUGACAACUGCCGUCAAUGCAAAAAACCCGUUUACAAAAUGGAGGAAAUCAUUCUUCAAUUCAAGACGGGAAUGAAUAUUUUUCAUAAAACAUGCUUACGCUGCAAGGACUGUAACAAGCAACUUAAAGCUGAUAGCUAUAACGUUCAUGAUGGAAGCCUAUACUGUUCUAUGCAUUUUAAACUGAUAUUCGCACCAAGGAUAGUUUAUGAAGAAUUUACACCACGAAAAGCGGAACUUAUAAUACGUGAAAACCAACCAAUUGAGUUACCACCUGAUGUCGCAAGAGCCUCCGACAAACCAAAUCUUGGACUUGACGAACUUCAGCAACUUAACGUGCGCUCAAAAUUUAAGGUGUUUGAAAAUGUCUGCAACGAACAAAAUAAUCACUUACAAGAACGUCAAGAUACCGCUAUUACACUUAGCAAGUCAAUAAAGACCACGCUUAACAAGCUUCAUAAGCUCGGGAUCCCAAAUUCCGAAUCAGAAAAAUUAGAUGAAAUUAACAACAUUGAUAACUCGAUUACGGAAGACGAUAUGGAUAUGGACCUUUUUUGCUCCAGAAAAGACAUUGAAAAGGAAAGACCUGUGGGCUUAGGAGAAGCGAUGAACGAUAUAAGAUUGAAAUUUGAGCAAGGAGAAGUAAUUACAAAAGAAGAACGUCGCGAAGAAAGAAAGCAGGAAAUACAGAGCAUACGAUCUCGUCUGUUUUUGGGUAAACAAGCAAAAAUAAAAGAAAUGUACCAACUAGCUGUAGCUGAAUCAGAACAAGGCGUUUCUUCGGUCGGUAAAACCCCCGAUAUUAAUGUUAUUAAGCCCACUCAACUUAUAAAGGAUCGCUUUGAGAAUGGCGCAGUUUUUAACGAUAAACAAGUUCAAUCAGAAGAAACCACUUGUGGUAUGCAGGCAGAUGCGGAUGUUUUUGAAUCUGCCAUAAGCAAGGCAUCACGAAGUAUUUUUAUGGAGCUUGACGCAAAUAUAUCAUCUCAUUUAAGCAACAAAUGUAUUCAAAAUAACCGUAUUCAAAAUAAUAAAGUUUCAAAGCAGAAUCAAAUGUGUCUAGAGAAUACUAAUGUUGACGUUAUCAAAUCCGACUCAAAGCCACAAGAAGUUAAAGUUACCACUGAAGAGUUAACAGAAAGGUUCAAAUUUUUUGAAACAUAUUCGCCUACCGAAAAUACAAAAAAAAAAUUUCGCAUAACCCCACCACGUGAGGGUGUUGUGAUGUUGCCAACUCUUGAUUCAGACACGGAUGGUCCAGCUCGAUCGUCCUCAUUUAAUGAUAACGUCUUACAGAAAACCAAAACAACAUCAAAAAUUUUAAGUAAGUUUCGCGAAAUAGAAGAACAAAAAAUGAAUGAUAAAAUAAAGGAAAGAAACCCGAAACCAAUGAAGUGCUUUACUCCACCACCUGAAAGCGGUAACAAUUUUAACAGAUCCGAUUCUGAAGAAGAGACCGACAGUGAAAGCGAACAGAAUAGUGCUGACGAUGAAAAGGAUUUUGAAAAUGUUACGCCUAACUCUAUUAGUAAGGAUCAGUCGCUAUGUGAGGCUCAGAAUGCAGCUCGUGCCAAACAAUUACGAGCGAAGUUUGAAAAAUGGCAAAUUAACGAAAUAGAACGCGAGCUCAACGAAGGACGCGAAAACGUAUAUUCACAACUCAUUUCAAAUGAACCGAUUGAAAGCGCAAAAAAAAUACGGGAACGAUUUGAAAAUAUGAAAUCCUUUGACACCCAUCUGGAGAACACGCCAAAAACUCAAAUUAACCGUUUUGUUGUAGGUGUCAAAAAGUAAAUCAAUUUUUUCAGCUUAAAGUUAUUUUAGUAACCCGAUGACGAAAUAUCGCUAAAAUCAAACGCAUCGGAAAAAGAGGAUCCCCCAGAAGUUUCAAAAUGAUACCUUAUAUUUUAUGUAUUAUUUUAUCUUAUAUAAAUAAACAUUUGACAUUUUAAAUGUGGCAAAUACAA